CGGAAUGUCCCACGCUCACUGUUAAUAAUGCGGUAUUGGCAGGCAGCUCAAAUACAGUGACCAGUGUUCGCAACAUCACAUGUAAUGCCGGCUUCGAGCUUUCGGGUAACUCAAUGGUCACGUGUCUUCCCGGUGCGGAGUGGUCUUCCACACCAUCUUGCAAUAGACUUGUGCAGUGUGGUUCCCUGCAGGUGUCCAAUGGAAAGGUCUCGGAUGGAGAGGACACUGUCGGCAGUGUGCGUACUGUGACCUGCAAUCUUGGAUAUGAGCUGGGCAGUGAUCAGACAGCAGUGUGCUUGGCGAAUGGCACUUGGUCUAGCAACCCAGUGUGUACAGACGGCACAAACUCAUGCCCUAAAUUAUUCGCUCCAUCCAACGGGCGGAUAGACACAGGGACGGAAGUCAUCGGCAUACGAAGAACGUACUCUUGUUCUGACGGAUACAAAACUAUGGAUCUAACAACAACGGUAUGCUUGAGAGGUGGAAAUUGGUCUGAACCUGCUCCAGCCUGUGUUCGCCCCUGUUCUGAGCAACAAACAACAGCAUCUUCCACAACGUUCACCAUUGUUGCAGGAGCUAUUGGGUUUCUUGUCGGCUUGAUUAUUCCUGGCGCUUUUAUGAUAGUUUAUCAAGCGCGACACAGAGGCCCGGCUAAGGUCCCCACGGCAAGAGAGACUAGCAGCAGCGAGCCACCAACGGUUUUUACGAACAAAUUGACAGAAAAUGAUGCUUACGAGAUGACCUCAACUCCAGUGGAAACAAACCAAGAGCCCCAGUACGAAACAAUGGGCCAGAUUUAGCCAUACAUGCUUUCUAUAUUUCUUCCUCUUCUCUUCUACGUUUUCUGCAUCUGGAGCACUUACCACCAUUUUGCAUAUUCUUUGCAUCCAGCCUAUCGCCCGUUGGAAUUUGCAAAACUUCGGAUAUUUGAGAAAACAAGGCGCUGUUUGUCGAUUCCUUACUUACUAUUUCAAUAUAUUUAGCUUUAUUGUUAGAAUUUGUAGCCCCAUUGCAGCAUGGGCAUCUGUUGCACUAAACCUCCGAGCCGUUACACAUGGACUGUACGAUUUUCUUUCAGAUCUUCACUAAGAAGGGCAGCAUAGAAUGGACACGUUCGGAUCGCAGCACUUGCCAGAAGACGCCGACAGGUUUGGAAAAGAUGGCACAAAACGAGCAGCUUUGUGCCUUUCUUGCGAAGCUGUGCGUUGGAAGUAGGUGGCAGAAUAGCAUAUUUGACCAAUUGCCGAGCAUGUUGUGCUCGAAGACUGAUACCAACCAGACUGAUCUUGAAAGUCGCCAACUGGACAUUAUAAAUUGUCGAAUACAAUCAAUGUGUUACUUACGGGAGGUUUAGUGAAAACAGACUAUUUGCUGUUCUUUUUUUGCAGGCCUUUUUUAGUACUUUUCAAGAGCAGUAAGACAAAAUGCAACCACACCUCCUCUUGAGUAUGACUGUAUUUAGCCUCUAUGAUACCUCAGGCGAAAUAAUUUUCUGAUAUCACGCUACCACGCUAUCCUUUACACAUUGUCAAUGCUUGUAAUAAUUGUUUAUUGCCUAGCCUGCUUGCAACAUGUACACUUUCUACGCCUUUUCUUAUCGCUCAUAGCUGGAGACACUUACUCUACUCUCUGCUUGCUCCACUGCAAACUCACGUAAUAAUUAUCUUCAAUUGCACCAAUGAUUAUUAAAGUUCAGUGUCUCGCUA